AUGGGGAACACGACUCGGGGCGUUCAACGUGAGGUACAAGCCGAGAAGUGCAGUAAAGGGACACAAGUAUUAGCAGAUUUUGUAGCAGAGUUCUCUCCUAAGGGGGAAAUGGUCUAUCAGGUGGAGUAUCGCCCGUGGAAGGUACAUAUGGAUGGGGCUUCCAGCGCCAAAGGGGCCGAAGCCGCGGUAGCCAUAAUCACCCCAGAAGGAAUUCUCUUGGAGCAUUCGUUCAGGCUGGGGUUUAAUGCCUCCAACAAUGAGGCAAAGUAUGAAGCUUUGCUUGCCGGACUGAGGGUUGUUUCACGGUUAGAGGCCCGGGACGUGGAGAUCUAUUCGGAUUCAAGACUCAUUGUCAACCAGGUACAGGGGAAUUUUGAAACUCGAGAUCCUCGGAUGAAAGCAUACUUAGACUUGGUGAAGCAGGUCAUGGACGGCUUUUGUACGAUGAAGGUGAUUCAAAUGGCCUUAGCACAGAACAGACAUGUUGACUCUCACGCCACUCUAGAAUCGUCAAUUGCCAAGGAUAUUCCCUGGCUUAUCAGAGUGGAACUCGUCCCCAAGCCCAGCAUUAAGGUGGCAGGAAGUGAGGGGGCUAGGAAAGUCGAAGUCACAGCAGUCGCAACACUUGGUCCGAGCUGGAUGGACCCCAUCGUAGAUUUCUUGGCCAAUGAUCGGAUCCUGGACGAUGAGAAAAGGGCUAACAAGGUCCGCAGGGUGGCUGCCCGGUACUGGUUGUCCGGAGACCGGAAACUCUAUCGUAGGUCAUUCGGAGGGCCAUAUCUGUCAUGCUUACACCCGGAGAAAGUAGGCCAGCUCCUGGCCGAGUUGCAUGAAAGGAUAUGCGGCAGCCAUGUAGGGGGACGAUCACUGGCACACCGGGCAAUGACUAAGGGAUUCUGGUGGCCCCGGUUGCAAAAGGAUGCCGCGGAAUACGUGAAGGCAGAAGCUUUGGAUAAUAUCUGGGAUGUAGAUGUGAAGAAAUUCGUAUGGAAGAACAUAAUCACCAGGUUCGGAGUCCCGGACUCUCUUAUAUUAGACAACGGGCUGUUGUUUGAUAGUCGAAGUUUUCCCGAAUUUUACAGCAAUCUCGGCAUCAGGAAUAGGUACUCUACUCCGGCGUAUCCUCAGGGCAAUGGCCAAGCUGAGGCCAUGAAUAAGGUGAUUGUGAACGACUUGAAGCGAAGGCUGGAAGGAGCGAAGGGAAAUUGGGCUGAAGAACUACCAAAUGUUUUAUGGGCAUACCAGACAACUCCUCGAAGAUCCACAGGCGAAACCCCAUUCUCUCUCACAUACGGAGCUGAAGCCAUGAUACCAGCCGAGGUUAACCUAUGUAGCGCACGGGUCUCAGAAUUCGAUACGAAACAGAAUGAAGGUCAGCUGACGAGGUGCCUAGAUUUGCUUGAAGAAUACCGAGAAGCAGCAACCAUAAGGCUAGCAGAGUAUCAACAAAAGCUUGCCCGGCGCUACGAUCAAGGCGUAAGGGUGAGAGAAUUCAACGCCGGAGACCUGGUACUAAGAAAGGCAAUAGGAAGCAUGCGAGAUACGAAUGUCGGGAAGCUUGCCCAAACUUGGGAAGGACCGUACAGAGUCACCGCUAUUGCAGGCGUGGGGGCGUAUUAUCUUGAAGACAUGAACGAAGUACCAUUACCCUGA